AUGAGUCCUAAUAAGGUGGUGGUUUUUUGGGUUCUUAGUGCUGUUGUUUGGUUUGCUACAGCUAGUGCUAGAAAUAUUGGUUCUUUUGAGGAUGAGAAGUUGGUGUCUGGUGGAGCUGGGUUUGGAGGUGGAGGUGGAUUUGGAGUUGGUGCUGGUGCAGGUGCGGGUGCGGUUGGAGGAGUAGGGAUUGGAGGUGGCGGUGGAGGUGGUGGUGGUGGUGGGGUUGGUGGAGCUGGCUUUGGAGGAGGCUUUGGAAAAGGUGUUGGGAUUGGAGGUAUAGGGGUUGGAGGUGGAGGUGGAGGUGGUGGUGGUGGGCUUGGUGGGCCUCCAGGCCUUGGUGGUGGUGGUGGGCUUCCAGGUAUCGGUGGGGUUGGUGGGUUUCCAGGUAAUGGUGGGGUUUGCGGGCUUCCAGAUAAUGGUGGUAAAGGUGGGCUUCCAGGUAAUGAUGGGCCUCCAGGUAAUGGUGUAAAAGGUGGGCUUCCAGUCAAUGGUGAGCCAGCACCCAGGCACCCAGCAGGUAAUGGUGGGCUUCCAGGUAACAGUCAGCCUCCCGAGCUUGGCGGGCCUGGUAAUUCUGGUGGUACCGGCGCGGUUGGGCAUAAAGGUGCCGGCGGUUUCCCUUGAUUACAUUAUAACUACAUAUACAUAUAUAUAUAUAUAUAUAUAUACACACUAUAUAUAUA